UGGUAGCGGUAGAGCAGAGGAUUAUGGGAUUACAAACAGUGACGAUGGUCAUGUGAGUUGCCGUGGUGGACACUGACCCUGCUUACCUUCUCUCAGUAAGGAAGCUUAGCCUGGCUGUGAAGAUGUCUGACUUCUUUUUGCCGAAUGUUAUACAUGUACAGCUUAUCCAUGCCCUCACUGAUCCAACAGGAUUCUUUAUUUUUUCUAUCUGGAAAAGUAACAAAUAAAACCGAAGAAAGAGGAAUAAAAUUUUGCGGUGUCAGGAGACGAAACUCAGAUUAUGUCCAGACUGUGAGGAGUAAAUGCAGGAACAACCCUGGCCUUGGAACAUGAUUGGCUGUGAGGGCCUGAAGGGGUGACAGCCUCAAAGGUGGCCGCUCCAAUGGCGUGGGCCGAGCCACGGUCGAGUCCAGACCCAAAGCCAGAACUGAAACCAAAACCUUACACUCUCAGGACUCACACUUUUUCAUCAGACAUCCUUCAAGUCCAGCAUCCAGUUUUACUGCCCUUCUUUCUCCUGCUUGCUGCAUUUGCUGACCUAGGUAUUGCUGGUCCACAACAGCCAGCUUGCCCCCCUCUCCUGUCUGGACAGCCUUUUAUAAUCUUCUGGGGCAUCCCUGACUCUUCCUGCUCCGGUCGGCCAGAUCCAAGAUCUUUUGGGAUGGAACGGGAGGGCCGUGUGGCCGUCUUUUACGAGGACACACUGGGGAACUACCCUUAUUUUAUAGACAAGGACACACCGGUCAACGGUGGGCUACCACAGCACACGCGGCUGGACAACCACCUCCAAAAGACACAGCAGGACUUGGAGGCAGUUUUACCAGCCCCAAGGUACCUUGGGCUGGGGGUGCUGCGCUAUGCAGAGUGGGUCCCCCAGUGGUCAAGGAACAGAGAAAGGCAGGCAAUGUAUCUGGAGGCAUCGAGAAACCUGCUGAAGACCUUCUUCCCUCACUGGACCCCUGAGGAGGUGGAGAAGUGGUCACAGGUGGACUUCGAGGCAACAGCCCAGUCAGUAAUGGUGGAAACUCUACGGGAGGUCAAAAGGUUAAGGCCCAAAGCAUUAUGGGGCGUCUCCCCUUACCCCAGCUGCUACAACGGUGAUCCUGCCCAAACCAUAUUAGCCAAUUUCACCGGCCAGUGCCCUGCUACGGAGAUGGCUCUUAAUGACGAGCUUCUGUGGCUUUGGAAACGAUGUUCGGCCCUCUACCCUCUCCUCACCCUGGAGAAGCUGCAGAGUGGGACCUCAGGAGCCAGGCUUUAUUUGUCCAGUCAAAUCAGAGAAUCACUUCGAGUAUCAUCUCUGACUGGGACUGCAUUUGAUCUUCCUGUAUUCCCAUUGGUCAAGAGUGUCUAUGCCUCAACAAACACUUUCCUGUCACAGUCAGACCUGGUCAGCACCAUAGGAGAAAGUGCUGCCAUGGGAACAGCUGGAGUUGUCAUCUGGGAGAGAAGUGAGACUAAGACAGAGAGAGAGUGUCAGGACCUGGCAGAGUUUGUCCGUAAGGUCCUGGGACCCUACUCCAUCAACGUAACCACGGCAACUCGACUCUGCUCAGCCUCUUUGUGCCAGGGAAAGGGCAGAUGCAUCCGCCAAAAUUCAGAAAGCUCUGCAUACCUCCACCUCCCACCCCCAUCCGAAUUAGUGGAGAAGGUGACUGAGAAGGCAGAGGCAGCAAAACCCACAGAUCAGCCAGACACAAACACUAAACCCGCUGAUCCAGACCCAGCUGAGAUCUGGAAGAAGGACUUCCAGUGCCAGUGGUACAAGACUGCAGAUGGGGACGUCUCGGACCAGCAGUCCCCCCAAGAUGGAGCGUCAGUUGUGGGUACAGUAAAAGAGAAUGCUGGAGAUGUAAUGGGGACUAUAACCACUUCAGCCAUAGCUUCUACAACAGCUUUUAGAACAAAAGGGGCCUCUGUGAUUGAGUUGAGAGGAAGCAGUUCACCUGGUACUGGAAGUCCAUCGCCUUCACUGGAAGUAACUACAGAUGGUGGAACAAAGCCAUGGAGUACCCCAAACCUGACUGUUCUGCUGUUGCUGGUGGCUGUAAGUGUAUGCUUGGAACAUUAAAAUGUGGAUAAACCAGCCUCACCUGAAAGGUCUGGGCUAUAACUGCAAUAUGAGCCCUCCUGAAGUGCCCUUGAGCAAGACACUAAAUCUCUGCUAGCUGCAGGUGUGCUGCUUUGUAGA